AUGGAGCAAGAGCAACAAACUUGCUUCGAAUGCCUUAAACGACGAAUCAAUUCCGAUUUCUCAGACAAGCUAAUAUUCUCUUAUGCCCUCUCCGAUUCCGCUUUCCCCUUCGCCUCCUCUGCCGUCGUGCAGGUGUCAAAUUCUAAUGGAAAUUUAUCGGCAUUGGGUUCGGCUUCUCAGUUCAUACUGGUGCAGUUGCCGAGUCAAAAACACAAUUGCUUGAUAGAAUACGUUAAUGAAUGUAUUCUUCAAGAUAAUGAAGACGGUGAUGAUCAGGUGAUUGGUGAUUACCAAGAUCCGGCAAAGUUCAGUGAUCUAACUGUUGGGCCAACUACAUCAGAUUCUUCAUUAGAUCAAUCUCCGUGUUUGCAAAAUGUUGACCAAAUAGCAUAUGUAAAUCAGACAGGAUUCAGAAGUUCUAUGCUUGUUCAUUCUAGUAGGUUUUUGUGUAUCCGAACCAUACCUGCAUUAGUCCCAAUUGCUCAUAUCGGUAUUUCUUCCUACUCCAACUUAGAAAGGAUUGCUUCUGACCUCUUGUCUGGGUCUCUGGAAGAUCAUGUAUUGUGCUCCCUCAGUCUACUGAUUGAAGGAAAAGCUUCAGGGAGAGAUGGUGUGAAUUUUCUUCGAUUGGUUGGGGUACCUUCAUUUGAGGAGAGUGGGAUCCCUGGUUGCUUGAGGCAUCCAAACAUAGUUCCUGUUCUUGGCUUGCUCAAAACAUCUGAGUAUGUCAAUUUGGUGCUUCCUAAAACUCCAUAUACCUUAGAAAGCAUUCUGCAUUACUGCCCCAAGGCCUUAAAGUCUGAGUGGCAUAUAAGGUUUUUGGUAUAUCAACUGCUAUCUGCGCUAGUUUAUUUACAUAGCUUAGGGGUUUCCCAUGGUAAUAUACACCCAUCUAAUGUAAUGCUAACUAAUUCAUGCUGGUCUUGGCUUCGUAUCUGUGAUAAGCCGAUAUCAUUAUCUAACGUAAGUUCAAGAAAAGGUGAAUCCGAUACUCCCGCUGCUUCUGCAAGAUUACGCUGCUGCAUGGAUGGCUGUUUUUCUCAAGCACUCUAUGCAGAUUUGAAGUUUUCACCUUCUGUAGAGUGGCAUUCUCAAUUUGAUCAGUGGUGGAAGGGGGAGCUGAGUAAUUUUGAGUACCUGCUUGUCCUAAAUAGAUUAGCUGGGAGAAGGUGGGGAGAUCACACUUUUCAUACAGUAAUGCCAUGGGUAGUAGAUUUUAGUACACAACCGGAUGAAAAUUCUGAUUCAGGGUGGCGGGACUUGAGCAAAAGCAAGUGGCGGCUGGCAAAAGGUGACGAACAAUUGGAUUUUACCUAUUCAACAUCUGAAAUUCCGCAUCAUGUAUCAGAUGAAUGCCUUUCCGAGUUAGCUGUCUGCAGUUACAAAGCUAGGAGGUUACCCUUGAGUGUUCUACGUCUGGCUGUUCGUUCAGUGUAUGAACCUAAUGAAUACCCCUCUAAUAUGCAAAGACUGUACCAAUGGACUCCUGAUGAAUGCAUCCCAGAGUUCUAUUGUGAUCCUCAAAUUUUUAUUUCUCUACACUCUGGCAUGACUGAUCUGGCAGUACCCCCAUGGGCAGGCAGUCCAGAGGAAUUCAUUAAACUGCACCGAGAUGCUUUAGAAAGCGAGCGGGUCUCCUGCCAAAUCCAUCAUUGGAUUGAUAUAACCUUUGGCUAUAAAAUGUCAGGGCAGGCUGCUGUUUCUGCCAAGAAUGUUAUGUUGCCUUCAUCGGACACUGCAAUGCCAAGGUCAGUGGGACGUCGUCAGCUUUUUACUCGACCACACCCUGUGCGCCGAGUUGUUGCCAGGAAGAAACAUGAUAGUACCUAUACUGUUAUGAAUCAAUGCCAAUUAAAUGUUGCAGAAAACAAGACACCUCUCCUUUCUGAAACUGCUAAUUUGCAACAAUUGGAGGAAAUAACUGCAUUUUCUGAACAUGCUGGCUAUUUGAGUCCUUGCUAUUAUUACAAUCCAGAAAGCGUUGUGAAAGAUGUGCCUUCUGUUAAGGAGUUGGCAAGGGAGACAUCAGAGAAAAGCACAUGUAAACAACUUGAAAUUAGCAGAAAAUAUGGAUUGCCACGUGAUAUUAAUUUAAGCUUUCUUCUUGAGCAUAUGGAGGUGGAGGUCGAAGGUUCCAUGGGAUAUCAAGAAUUAUUGCUAUGGAGGCAGAAAUCAUCUUGCUCAAGGGCCCUUUCAGAAGAUGUUGCGAAGGACAUAUUUUCUGUUGGUUGUGUCUUAGCAGAACUGUACUUGAAGAGGCCCCUUUUCAAUUCAACUUCUUUAGCAUCAUACAUUCAAAGUGGUAUCUUACCUGGAUCAAUGCAAGAACUUCCUCCUGACACUAAAUUACUUGUGGAAGCAUGUAUCCAGAAGGAUUGGGCAAGGAGGCCAUCUGCCAAAAGUGUUCUGGAAUCUCCAUAUUUCCCUGCAACAGUCAAGUCUGUCUACCUGUUUAUUGCACCACUUCAGCUUCUAGCGAAUGAUGAAUCCCGUCUUCGAUACGCUGCAAAUUUUGUAAAACAAGGAGCAUUGAAAGCGAUGGGGACUUUUGCUGCUGAAAUGUGUGCACCCUAUUGUUUACCUCUAGCGGCAAGUCCUCAGUCAGACAUUGAAGCUGAAUGGGCUUAUGUUCUGCUGAAAGAAUUCUUAAAAAGCUUGACACCAAAGGCAGUGAAGGCCUUGGUCUUGCCAGCUAUCCAGAAGAUUCUGCAGACUACAGGUUAUUCACAUUUGAAGGUAUCUCUUCUCCAAGGUUCAUUCGUGCAAGAGAUAUGGAACCUCAUCGGUAAACAAGCAUAUUUGGAGACUAUACACCCUUUAGUUAUUUCGAAUUUGUAUAUUGCUCCUCACAAGAGUUCAGCUGCUGUUGCUUCUGUUCUACUGAUUGGCACAAGUGAAGAGCUCGGUAUACCUAUCACAGUUAAUCAGACAAUCUUCCCUUUGAUAUACUGCUUCGGGAAAGGACUCUGUCCUGAUGGAAUUGAUGUGCUGGUUAGACUUGGCGGUCUUUUUGGUGAAACCUUUAUUGUCAGGCAGAUGCUGCCAUUGCUUAAACAAGUUGCCCGUUCUUGUGUCAAUGUUUCAAAUACUACUAAACCUGAGCCCGUUCAGAGCUGGAGUGCUUUAGCUCUUCUAGACUGUCUAACAACAUUGGAUGGUCUAGUUGCCCUCUUGCCAAGGGAGGUGGUUGUAAAGGAGCUGGUUGAAGAUAGAAGUUUACAUGUAAUGGUUCUUACACAGACCAACUUGGAAAUUUCAGUGCUUCAGGUCGCUGCUACUACUCUAAUAGCUAUUUGUGAGAGAAUUGGACCAGAUUUAACAGCAUUGCAUGUUCUGCCACAACUUAAAGAGUUAUUCGAUGAGCUUGCUUUCUCACACGAGACACUAACUGGCUCUGGUUCUCUUGGCCGGAACUUCAAGAUUUCCAAAUCAAAAGUAGAUGGAGAGGCUCAAAUCGGAAGCCGUAUGGACCUUGUGUUGCGUUUGUAUCCUUCUUUUGCAUCUCUUCUUGGGAUUGAGAAACUUCGCAAGUGCUGUGCCACAUGGUUGCUUCUUGAGCAAUUUCUUCUACGGUAUCAUAAUUGGAAGUGGGAAUACGCUGGAGAAUCUCGGUGUGGAUCUGAAAAUGUAACUGCUAAAAGGCCUUCUUUGAACAAGGGUCCAACAUCUGAUUACAAUCCUGCCAAGCUGUUACUUAAUGGGGUUGGGUGGUCAAUUCCACAAUCACAAGGGAUUAAAGGUGCAAAAAAUUUGAUGCCUCAAAAACGAUUUGAUGGCAUUCCUCAAAGGCCAGUCGAAAGCCAUGUAGCAACUUCAAACCUUUUGAAGUCUGAGCCCUGGUUUUGGUUCCCCAGUCCAGCUGCUAGCUGGGAUGGCCCUGAUUUCCUUGGCCGUGUAGGGAGUCUGAAAGAGGAAUUUCCAUGGAAGAUUAGAGCAUCUGUUAUAUAUUCAAUUCGCGCUCAUCAUGGAGCCUUAAGAUCCCUAGCUGUUAGCCAAGAUGAGUGUACAGUUUUUACAGCAGGCACUGGUCCAGGGUUCAAAGGAACUGUCCAGAAGUGGGAGCUCUCAAGAUUAAAUUGUGUAUCUGGAUAUUAUGGUCAUGAAGAGGUUGUGAACGACAUUUGUGUAUUAUCAUCGAGUGGGAGGAUUGCAUCUUCUGAUGGAACCAUUCAUGUUUGGAAUAGUAGAACAGGGAAAGUGAUAUCAGUUUUUGCUGAACCAUCAGUUGAUUCUGCACAUGUUUCAAGUCCUUUAUUAUCGAAGACAAACGAUCACCAUUCAAACAUGCUGAACUCUAAUACUCUAUCAAGUGGAUUAUUGAACAGUGCAUUUGAUGGGAGCUUAUACACUUGCAUGCAUUAUUUAGAAUCUCUCGAAAGGCUUGUGGUCGGCACUGGAAAUGGUUCCCUCAGGUUUAUUGAUGUUUCCCGAGGUCAAAAGCUUCAUUUUUGGAGGGGUGAAUCUGCUGAAUUUUCUUUUCCUUCCCUUGUCUCUGCCAUAUGCUCACAUGGAUCUGACAAAAUGCCAGCAGAGGGAGCUUUUGCUCCACCAUCUUGGGUUGCAGCUGGACUAAGUUCUGGUCAUUGCAGGUUAUUUGAUUUGAGAAGUGGAAAUGUUAUUGCCUCUUGGAGGGCUCAUGAUGGAUAUGUGACAAAGUUGGCUGCACCAGAGGAUCAUUUGCUUGUUUCCAGUUCUCUUGACAGGACCUUGCGAGUUUGGGAUCUGAGAAGGAAUUGGCCACCACUACAGCCCAAUGUUUUAAGAGGUCAUACAGAUGGUGUAUCUGGUUUCUCAGUUUGGGGUCAAGACGUUAUUUCCAUUUCCAGAAACAAGAUUGGGCUUUCCACUUUAUCUAGAUUUACCGAAGAAGAUGGGCAGCAGCGGAUUAUACCUCAGAAACUAUAUGCGGCAGAUAAUGGAACAAAAAACGUCUCAAUGACUCGGGCAGAUAUGCAUGAUGAAUCUACCACAUUUGUUGAACAAGAAACGGGAAACAACUUGAGAGGUAUAAACUGCUUAGUCCAAGGCCGCAGAGGGCUCUUCUUUAAUCGUGAAGAUAUCAUUGCUGUAGCUACAAUUUUUAUAGCUUGGGGUUUGACUGGAGUCACUGGACGUAUCAUCGUGGGCCAUGAAGCCAGUCUAAAUGAGAAGAACCAAUAG